ACCAGAAACCUUUGUUCUGUCUCUCCUCCCAACGCGAGAAUAAAAACAAGAGCCUGUCAAUGCUUCCAGCAAAAUUGCGCUCGUAUUUUAGGGUAGGCGAUCGCUGAUGGACGUUUUGUUUCACAGAAAUGAGCAGAAUUUAAUUGGCAGGCUUUAUCAUUUUUCUCCUGAUCGCUACAACCGGAGGGGGGGACAUCUGUUCGUUUUUUUUUUUUGUUUGUUUUUUUAAAUUUUUUUCCCCCCUUGUCAGCUGCUAAAUGGAAAUAAAACGCGGAACUGAAAGUGGAAGCAGUCGAGGUAAUGAUCUUCCUGUCCGUUAUCUGCGCCUCCUGGCCCCACCCUUGCAGCUUUUGUCGGCUGCAGUGUGGCAAGUUGUGCAGCAGGGACUUGUGGAUCACUAUGGGAUGCUGGAAGAGUUUGUUACCAUGGUGACAGAGCUGGUCCCAGAGCUGAUGAGCUACAGUCAGAGGGCUCAGCUCAUCCUGGGACUCAGGGCCAGGCUGGUUCUGGAGAUGUGUCGAGGUGAGCACCCAGUGGACAUGCAGACCAUUCAGCCACAUCUGGACAGAAUUAAAGCUCCUGUCAGCACUGCCAAGGAUCACCAUAUAACCAUCAACCAGGUGGAAGAGUCUGAAGUUAACUUUGUGGAGUUGGUGCAUUCGUUACUGGAGGAUCCCUCUGAAAGAAAAUACUUUUUCCAGGAAAUCUUCCCUGUAUAUUUUGGGUCAAAGUAUGAUGCAGCACUUGAGAUGCUGGUGUGGGAGUUUAUAUCAAGACUUGAUGAGCUACUGCCAGUUCCAGACUUCACACAGUUGGCAGCUUUGGUCGGAGAUGCUCCGUCAUUCCUAGACGACUGUUUACAAUCCUUUUUCCCGCCAGAGGAUAUGAAGGCUGUACUUGAACACCACAGAAACCUCGGUCAUUUUGAAGAGAAAGAUCCUAGAUUAUUACCGAUGGAUGACUGCAUCCUCUCGUCCCUGUCACUACCUCCUGGGACCAAACCUGUCUCCUGCUCACCUGCUCUCAAAGACUCAACCUCUCCAGAGCACAAAGGAUGUCUCGAUGCUCCCAUCAACACAAGCACCCUGGAGAGGGCGGGCAGGAGUAGCUCUGAGACAAUCAGACAAAGACUCAAGCAGACAAGGGACUCUGGCAGUUGGCAACUGCAGGUUAGAGGCCAGAACAUUUCUCAGGAGAGGAAAGUGCAAAACUCAGUUAGUACACGGCCAUGUGAUGAAACCAUAGACCUCACUACAUCUAAUGAGACUGUGGACACGGACUCAGCAGCCAAUGGGGAAAGUCAAAGCUUGAGAGGAGCGAGAGUUGUCAGGAAGAGAAAGCUGAGCGGAGGUGUAGACAUUCCCCCUAAGCAGCCUGUGGAGGCGUCAGCUUGCUUGGAUUCCUCAGUAGAUGAUGAAAAUUCAGGUGAAUCUCCUCUAAUCUCGAUAUGGGGAGAAUAUACAGACUCUCAGGAAGGCUCUUUCCCUGUUGUAACCGACACAAAAGUUCCCUGGUCAGACGAGGAGACGCUCAAUCUCCUCGACAUUUGGGGGAAGGACUCAGUGCAGCGGGCUUUGAAGGGCUGCUUAAAAAACCGUCACAUAUUCACGCAAAUUGCACAGAAGAUGGCAGAGAGGGGCUACAUGAGAACAGUGGAGCAGUGCCAGACGAGGAUCAAACGCCUGAAGAAAUGCUUCCGCCAGAACAACAAAGGAAACUCCAGGCUUGAGUGUAAAUUUUACGAGCAGCUGGAGUGCGUCCUCAGCUCCUCAGUUCCUUCAGCUGUUCCUGAGGUCACCUACGACGUUGAGGAGGUCAUCGAUGAAGAUGACGCCGAUGAGGACUUGCAGUUUCUCGGCCAUGCGAGUGGUCUGGAAAUGGGAACUAGAAGCGUUCCAUGGACAGACUUGGAGACGUUGGCUCUCAUCAAUACGUGGGGUGAAGACAAGAUACAACAGGAGCUGAGAGGGAUGCACAGAACUGGACACAUUUUUUCCAUCAUAUCCAACAAGAUGGCCGCCCAGGGCUUCUCCCGAACACCAGAGCAGUGCCAGACGAGGCUGAAAAGGCUGAAAUCAAGCUUCAGGCAAUGCUACCAAAACAACCUCAAAGGACAGGGGCAGGUUGAGUGCAAGUUUUACAAUGAACUGGGAAGAAUCUUAGUGAAAGACUUCCCUUCAGUGCCCCAGUUGGAUGAAGUACCAGGAGAGCCUGAAGACAACAACUUUCCUGCCUACUCCCAUCAUGAGAUUGAGUCUGUUGUGGGCAUUCAAGAAGACAGGAAGAAAGUCCCCUGGUCUGACAAAGAGACAAUCAUCCUUCUGGAGAUCUGGGGAGACCCACAGGUCCAGCAGAGCCUGAAACGCUACCCACACAACGGCCACAUUUUUACUGAAAUAUCAGAGAAACUCAGCGCCAAUGGCUACUCCCGCAGUGCAGAUCAGUGCCACACCAGGAUCAAACGGCUGAAAGCCAACUUUCGCCAAUGCCAAGGAAACAUGACCUCAUCUGGGACUGAUCGAAUUGAUUUUAAAUUCUACGAUCUGCUGGAACAAAUCCUGGACAAGCAACCAUCCACAUCUUCCACUCUGGUAACUGACUCCAUUGAAAUAUCGGAAGACUCCAAUGGUGAAUCAGUGACUGAAACAGAUGGAGAAAUUGGCAUGUCAACAGAAAAACCAGCAUCCAGCACGUGGUCAGAUGAGGAGACCCUGGGGCUUAUCGAUAUCUGGGGCGAAGAAGAUGUUCAGAGGGCACUGAGGGGUUUCGUCCAUAACGGACACGUUUAUGCCGACAUUUCGGAGAGAAUGCAAGACCUUGGCUACUCAAAAACCUCGGAGCAGUGCCGCUGGAAAGUCAAGUCCCUGAGGAACAACUUCCGACACUGCUACGACAGAAAGAAAUGUGGAAGAAGAGUAGAUUAUAGAUUCUACAACCAGCUGGAACAAAUACUGGGACAGGAGGCAGUUUCUAUCGACGAGUACGAUGAAAGAGACGAACAAGCAGACCAGGAUCCAGUAGGUGUAGAUGGAAUGAACGCAGUGUGGACAGAGCAGGAGACUGUCGCUCUUGUUGAGGUGUGGGCUGCAGAUGAUGUGCAGCACAGCCUGAAAACCUGUGUCCGCAAUGGGCACAUAUUCGCCGACAUAUCGGAUAAAAUGGCCACAAUUGGCUACCUAAGGACAGCGGAGCAGUGCCACUCCCGGAUCAAAAGGUUGAAAAAGACUUACAGGCGUUACUGCAACAGCCGGAGAAGUGGAGGACGGUCUGCAGUGUUUCGAUACUUCCAUCUCCUGGCUCCAGUGCUUGGUGACGACUCUGUGUAUGCUGAUGUGGACAGUACUGCUGUUGAUGCCUUACAACCCUUUACGGACAAGGAUCCUGACUUGUACGAGCAGCCCUCAACCAGCCACCUCCUGGCCGACCUAAGCAGAAAGAUGCCUUGGUCAGACCAGGAGACUCGCACCCUGCUGGAGAUUUGGGGUGAGGACAACGUCCAGCUCACCCUGAGGGGCAGCCUGAAGAAUCGACACGUGUUUGAGUACAUCUCCGAGAAGAUGAGUGAACAAGGAUUUAUAAGGACCUCGGAGCAAUGCUACACCCGCAUUAAGCGCCUCAAACAUGGCUUUGUCCAUGAAAAGGAGGAAUUUAAGUUCUUCAGUGAGAUGGAGAAAAUCUUCAGGAAGGAGUUGAAAGUAAACAGCUCAGUCGCUGACACAUCGGUCACAGAUGAGCCGGAUGACUGUGCACCUGAACUGAGCCAAAAGAAAGCUGCCUCAAGUAACCAGUGGCUGGCCGACAGCACAAAGCUUCCAUGGAGCGACGGGGAGACCGAGGCCCUCCUGGACAUUUGGGGGAGCGAGGAGGUCCAGGAGAACUUAAAGAGCUGCACCAAAAACAAACAUAUCUUUAUCCAGAUCUCUCAGGUCAUGGCCAGCCAAGGCUACCUGCGCACUCCUGAACAGUGUCAAACCAGGAUAAAGAGGCUGAGGGCCAAUUUCAGACACUUCCUAGAAGGCAAAAAUGGAGAGAAGCAGGAGUGCAAGUUCUUUGAGCAGUUGGUGAAGAUAUUUGGCAACAAGUAUGUCAUGAACUCUGACCCCCUAGCUGACGAUCCAGCCGAUAUUGUAGAGUCAUGAAGCCAUCCAUCAUCAAGACGACGCAGCAGAAGCAGAUGAACAAAGGGAAACUUUCAGAGGAAAAUAACAAGGACAUUAAUGCAGAGACGUUGACAUUAACUGCUGUGGUGGGGAGUUGUUUACAAAUGACAGAAGACAGCCUGUCCAGGCUCACUGGAAUUUACAUUUGCCUCUGUAUAUACUUCAAAUACUUUUACAUUGUACAUAAAGACCUACUUUUGGCUGUAAUGUAGUGUGCGUGUGUGUGUGUGUGUGUGUUUGUAUCCCUCAACUAGAGUGUCAAUGUGAUUAUUAAAAUUAGAGCCAUGCCACUAAAACCAGGAUGCUCAGGGCUUGAGGGACAAAAAUGAAAUAUCUGAUCUUGGCCUGGUGAAAGUCACACAAAACGCUGUGCUCUUCUCGAAAACAUGUUUUUUCUAAUAUUUAAUUAUUUUGUACUUAACCUUAAAGUGAGUGAAUCAAAGCACAAGCAAAAAGAAAUACACGCAAGGCCUCCAUCACUGUACCCACAGCCUACAUUUGCUUUCUGGUCUUAUUUCAGGUUUCACUUGUUAAAUCUUCUGUCUUUGCACUUGUUUGUAAUGUUUGAAAUCAGAGUGGUGAAAGGUCAAAGUUGAAUUUUUUAAGUUAUUUCUCGUUUUGUUCUCAAUAUGAGUUGAUUUUGUUCAGAACUUUAUUUAUUUAAAUUACAGUUUACAUAUGUAUUCCAAAGUAUUCAAAUUUACUUUGAAUGUUACACUUCAAACAGUAUUGAGGUCAGUUUUUCCACAUAUGUAGAAGUUUUGUCACAUCCAUUAAAAGAAACUUGAAAUGUGUGA